GAAUAUAAUCUUAAUCCUGCCACUCGUGAACACGCUAAAAAAAAGUUUUAAUUUUUAAAAAGUUUAUUGUUUUAUGGUUGCAUACAAAUAAUUAUUAUUUAUUUUUUAUGCACAUACGAUAUACAUUAUACAUAGUCUUAUAAUAUAAGUACAGACAUCACCUGAAGUGUAUACUUAGUAUAUAUUUCCGUUUCGCAUACACCAAUCGUUCGUAAUAUUAUCGCGUCAAAAUGACGGUAAUACCCACGUUUGUUAUCGAUAAAAUAUUUUCGAAGAUAUUCAGACGACAGUCGAAGAACUAUACUGUGGAACGUAAUGUCGGAGUUUUCAAAGAUGAUAAACGAACGGAGAAGACACAUGAAGAUCCAGUUUCUAUGGCCAUCGGCGAAUUCGGCCGAUGGCAAGCUAUGCUUACAUUAAUUUUGUCCUUGUUAAAUUUGCCUUGUACAUGGCACAUAUUCGUAUUAACGUUCCAGGGGGCAGAUACGGACUUCUGGUGUACACCGCCGCCGGGCGUACUGAACCGGAUAUCCGUGGAUGAAUGGAAAAUUUUAAGUGGUGUAAUCUCAGAAUCACCAACAACCAAUGUAUCAGUAUACGAUCCUUGUCAUUAUCGUAACAUAAACUAUGACAGUUUACUUCGUAACUAUACUUACGGAGAAUUACUUCAAAGAAAAACAGAACAAUAUGAGUUGAAAACUUGUUCUUCAUGGCAAUUCAAUACUACUGAAUUCGGUGAUACAAUCACUUCUGAAUGGAACCUAGUUUGUGACCGAAAAGAAUUAAAAAACUUUGCUGAGAUGAUGUUCUUGAUGGGUGUUGCUUUUGGAGGUUUCUUCUCCGGACUCGUGUCUGACAGGUUUGGUAGAAAGAAGACAUUGAUGGCUUCUUUAGUUAUGCAGUUGGCUCUUGGUAUUUUAGUAGCUAUUUGUCCUUGGUUUGAAUUUUAUUUGGUAUUGAGAUUUAUUUUGGGAUUUGUUUGUGUGAGCAUCGUCUUCAGUGGUUUUGUCUUGUGUAUGGAACUGGUUGGUGGCAAAUGGUUGACAAUUGCUGGAGUUCUUUAUUUGCUCCCAGUACCGAUGAGCUAUAUUAUAAUUUCCGGAAUUGCAUACAUAUGUAGAGGAUGGAGGUUACUACAGUGGUGUGUUACGUUGCCCGCUGUAUUUUUCUUGGUUUUGCAUUGGUUUGUUCCCGAAUCCCCGAGAUGGUUAUUAGCUAUGGGGAGAGUGGAAGAGACAAUGGAAGUUUUGCAAAAGGCCUCUAAAAUCAAUAAGCAUUCUUUACCAGUGAAUAUGGACAAAAUUCUUAAACAAAGUAUAAACAAAUUUGAAAUUAAUGGCAAACCCAAAGUACGAGUUUCAGAUUUAUUUCGUACUAAAAAUAUUAGAAAAAUUUCACUUGUUUUAUACAUACUUUGGUUCAGUCUUUACUUAGUAUACUACGGUCUUGUACUUAAUCUGUCCAACAUUGGAGGAAAUAUAUACAUAAAUACUAUAAUAUCAGGUUUAGUCGAAGUUCCAUCAAUAUUGAUUAGUGUGGUAAUAUUGCUCAAAAUGGGUCGAAGAAUUCCACUAUGUCUUACCAUGGUAGCUGGAGGAAUUGCGUGUUUGCUAACUACAAUUCUACCACCAGAUACGGAUGAGUGGAUAUCACUAUCAUUGGUGAUGGCUGGCAAAUUUUCCGUGUCAUCGUCAAACGUUAUUAUGCCUCUCUACACAGCUGAAUUGUUCCCAACUGUUAUAAGAAAUUUAGGUGUGGGAACUUCAAAUAUACCAGCAGGAAUUGCUCUUAUUAUGGUGCCAUACCUUUGGAAUUUAUCUUCAUAUAGCAAAGUGUUACCAUUGUUGGUAUUGGGAACAGUCAGCGUUAUUGGUGGAUUGUCUGUACUUAUGUUACCAGAAACAGGCAGUCAUCUUUCUGAUACAUUAGAAGAAGUAGAGGAUUGUAUUAGCACAUCAAAUAGUUCACAGAAAAAAUAUAUUGAUACAAUAAGUAGUAAUGUACAAAAUUCACCAUCCGAGAAAGAAUAAUUCCUUCAUAGUACAUUAGACGGUUAAUUAUUGUUUAUUCAUUUGUCUUCCUAAAGUUUUUAUUACGUUUUAUAAGUAUUUUAAAAACAUAUUUUUAUUCAUUCUACAUAUUUCUGUGAUAAUUAUCUAAAAUUAUUGUUGAUCAAUAAGUCAGCGAAAGUACUACAUUGAUAAAUUAUAUUAUGUUAAUAUACGUAGCUUUUAAAAAAAAU